AUGUCGAUCGUCGCCCCAUCCCUCCUCGACGACACCCCCUCCUCAUCCUCGUCCGACAACACCUCGCUCGACACGCGGUGGGCAGAAAGUCAGACUGCGCCGCUGCUGCUUGAAGAUGACGGCACGGGGGCCCUUGUCCUUCCUGCUGGGAACAGUCGGCGCUACCCCUACCUCUGCCUCUUCCACAUCCUAGACUGCCACCUCGCAUUCGACAAUGCAGCCGACUGGCGCACCCACAUCGCAAGCCACUUCCGGACGCACCCGCCGCCUAAGACGGCACGGUGUCCAUUGUGUCCUGGUGUGAGAUUUGGGCAGGACGACGCAGCAGCAGCAGCAGCAACAGCCCCAGCAACAGAAUCAGCAGCAACUCCCUCAGCCUGGGACGCAAUGCUCUCCCACGUCGAGGCCGCGCACUACCAACAAGGCCAGACGCUGGCGGGGAGCCGGCCGGACUUCGGGUUGAUGCAGUACCUGUACGGGCUGCGGGUCAUCAGCGCGGAGCAGUUCAAGGCGGUGCAGCUGCCGCCGGCGGCGUCGAGCCCGGCGUAUCGGCCGGGGCAGGAGGCGGUGCGGGCGGUGGUGGGGUCGGCGGACGAGCCUUAUUGCGCGGUGUAUAGUCGGAGGAGGGAGGAGAGGGUCCGAAGGGUCAGGGGGUUGUCUCUGGGGGUAUCUAUAUAG